AGCCGAGAAACAGAAACACAGCAGGAUGUUUUCCCCACUUUGGUCUCAGAAAAUAUCGCCGCCUCCGAAUCAACAUUAGUCAGAGCAGUAAAACAGGAAGUAGAACAAAGUUAUAGAUACAGCUACACGCUAAAAGGUGGGUAUUCUGCAUUUGGCGCCGUUUCAAAUAAAUCUUAUAGACAUGGCAGACAGGAGUCCAGCUAUCGUGGUUGUUGGCGCUGGAGUCGCAGGACUCGCUGCAGCCAAGAAACUGAAAGAAUAUGGAUUUAAUGACGUCACGGUGCUGGAAGCGUCCGAGAAGGUCGGAGGAAGAGUAGCUACUGCAACCCUAGGUAAUGCAUGUGUUGAUACCGGAGCACAGUACAUCCAUGGGGCGUCAGAAGAAAACCCAGUUUACAGUCUACUAAAAAAGUCUGGCCUUCUAAACCAGAUCCCUGAGAUGGGCGAAGAAGCAUUUUAUAGUAACAAGGGACACAAAGUAGAUGCAAACUUCGCCAAAAAUGCAUAUGGAGCUGGGGAGAAAAUCAUUCAAUACCGUGGCUCCAACACGGGAAAGAGUUUAGGUGAACACUAUGCAGAAAAAACCCAGGGGAUGAUUGACAGCUUGCAAGACAAUGACAAGAGAACGAGAAUGCAGAGUGUUUUUGCUUUGGUCGGAAAAGACAUGCUGAUUGACAUUGGAGCUUCAGACCUCUCCAAGAUCUCUCUUGACUCCUGGCAGUAUUAUAUCAACAUGGGUGACAGCCUCAAUAUUGCAGGUUUAAUGUUUCAGCUUGUGGAUAAGCUGCUGGAGGAUUUCCCUAAAGAUCGUUUGCUGCUGAAAAGAGAAGUUAGUAAGAUCAAAUGGGAUGGAUCCUUUCCUGUUGCCCCUCCUCAUGGUGAACCGCUCCUCUCUGCUCACACCGAAUCUGCUUCUGAAGAAAAAGUCUGCCAGUACCCAGUUUGCAUUGUCUGUGAGAAUGGAGAAGAGAUUCUAGCCGAUCAUGUAAUUGUGACCAUUUCAUUAGGCUGUCUAAAAGCACAGGCAUCCAGCCUAUUCAUCCCCAGUCUCCCAACCGAGAAAAUGGAGGCCAUCGAAAAGCUGUGCUUUGGCAAUAUUGCCAAGAUCUUUUUGGAGUAUGAAGAGGCAUUCUGGGAAAGUGAUCUUGGUUCUAUCAGCCUCAUUUAUGAAGAUGACACCCCUGCCUCAGUAUCCACCAAUAAAAUGCAGUGGCUUAAGAACAUGCAGAGCUUUUCUGUCCUGAGACCCAAAGAAAGGUUUGGCAAUAUCUUAAUUGGCUGGUGUCCAGGAGACAUAGCUGACCUGGUUGAAACCAUGACGGACGAUGAACUCUCAACUGCGAUCACUGAUCAUCUCAAAAUGUUCUUAGGACAUUCUAACAUUCCUAAGCCGAAAUCCAUACUCUGCACUAAAUGGCGCAGCAACAAGUUCAUAAAAGGAGCGUACGCUUUCCUCCCCGUUGGCGUUGAUGGGAAUGUUAUGGACACACUGGCUCAACCACUAGUGGGAAGCCAGCAUCCUAAUAAAGAUCUUCAGGUCCUGUUCGCAGGUGAGGCAACGCUGAAGACUCUUUAUGGCACAGUGCAGGGAGCUCUACUCUCAGGACACAGGGAGGCAGACAGACUGGCAGCACAUUAUAAGAAGACACUGGCACCCACUUCUGCUACCUCAGUGGAAAAACAAGUUUAAAGUGUUAUCUAUAAUAAAUCUAAAAUGUAUUCUUUGGGUGAUUGUGUCCAAUACCAGGGAAAUUACCGAGAAAGGUAUGACAGAGGACGUGAUCGCAACAAGCCUGCCACCAUGGGGCUGCUCUAUGUAAUAAUAAUAAUAAUUGUAACAGUUUUCUUUUAAGAGCAGGAUAAUUUUAAUAAUAAAAAAAAGACUGAGAUUUUUUAUUUUUACUGUUGUAUACUGUACUUUUUAAUAUCAUAUUCUAUGCAUUUUAUAUGUUUUUUUGACGAACUAAACAUAUGAUCAGAAUUUCAAACUAUGUUUUUUAAUAAAAAUAUUGCAUGCUAAA